AUGCUGACGCAGGUGCCACCCCGCCUGGCACGCCAGUCUCAGCGGACUGCAGGCUUAAUGACGGAUAAAGCCGCAGCCGUGCCAUUCCAGGAAGCCUUUGGGGAGUGCUUCUCCUUCUCUCUGACAGCGCAGGGCUGCCAGGCCGGCUGUGUGGAGGUCGACUCGGACACGCAGGCUGUGGCCGGCAAUGGAUUUAAAUUGGGGUGCAUCUCCUGCAAGAAGAGAAGCGAAGUUGAAGCCACCGCUUCCAUCACUUGGCUCUUUCAGUCGCCAGAUGACGAAGACUUUCGGGAGAUCUACAGCUAUGAAAGCGUCGGAGUCGUCCAGGACGAGCAGUUUGAAGGUCGCAUCGACUGGAAUGGCAGCAAAAACACCCGCGACCUGCAGGACGGCUCCAUCUACCUGCACAACGUCACCCUCAACGACUCGGGCAUCUACAAGUGCAACGUCUACCGCCUGCUCACAUACCAGAACUACGAGUUCAACAGCAAUGCCACCAAGGUCGUUCACCUCAACGUGGCUCCAAAAGCCAAACGGGAGCUGACGUCAAUCAUCUCCGAGAUCAUGAUGUACGUCUUCAUCGUGGGCCUGACCAUCUGGUUGGUGGUGGAGAUGGUCUACUGCUACAGGAAGAUCGCUGCAGCCGGAGAAGAGGCCUUACGGGAAAACGCGGCUGAAUAUCUCGCCAUCACAUCUGAGAGUAAAGAAAACUGCACGGGUGUGCAAGUGGCCGAAUAGCAGUGGAACCUGACGACGCGCAACUCCAAAGACAGGUGUGGCAGUCCACGGUGACGGGGACUCAGGGCUGACCACGCAGGGACAGACAGGAACACAGAAGAGCCUUUGUCACACUGCCAAAGGAACAGGCGAGGACGCCGAAGCCAAUCGCCAUUCAUUUUCAUAUGCAAAUCGCUGUCACACAGAGACACUGUUGCCAGGACAAAAUUAACAAAGCAUGUUGAGUUGUUUAAUACUAUUAAUUAAAAUAAAAAAAAAAAAGUAUAAAAUGCAAAUGAAAAGAAACAAAAACUGUCUAAAAUUACGCUCUGCUUGAAGAUGUCUUCCUUAGUUAGGCUGCAGUCAACAUGGCAGCGAGCUGCACGACGUGUUAGCAAUACACAACUGGCAACUCUGCAAUGCAAGUCCGUUCUCAUUGAUUUCUCGUCCUUUUAUGGAAUUUUCUUUUUUUGCAAUUUUUAGAUUGUGGCCUGUGAAAAUGUUGCUUGCACUUCUUAACAAUUGUUAAUAUGGUGGGUGGGUGGGUGGGUGGCGGGGGGAGAGGAGGAUUUUAUUUUUGCCUGUAAUUCAGCAUGGCCAGCAUAACAAAAACACAACUUUGUAAAGAAGCCGUUUGGGUGACUCUUUUGUUAAUAAAAUGUAUCCAGUGGCGACAUGAGCACCUUGA